AUGAUUUCCAUCACGAGCGCUAAAGUCUCCUACCCCACCAAGUCGAAUGUUUUACCGUGGGUGGACGUGGACACCACGGCAAAUGCUCAAACCCACAAGUCGUCUCGCGGCGCGACAUGGUCGCUUAUCAUGAGCGACGAGUUCAACGCGGUAGGUCGUACAUUUGAGGCUGGGGCUGAUCACCUUUGGACUGCAGUGGAGAAGCCCGACGAUGUGAAUGCUGCGCUGGAGAUCUAUGCCAUCAACAUGACUUCGACCGAGUGCGAUAAGGUGGGCAACUGCUACUUCUACAUCGAGUCCGACAUUGACGAGCGGAACAUCACGGUCUGGAACGACUACAUUUCACCCCCUGGCUACCAGAACGUGUCGUUUUACUACCGAGCGGCAAUGGUGCAGGGCUGGAACAAGUUUUGCUACCAGGGUGGGCUCGCAGUCGUGCGUGCCCAGCUUCCUGGCGCUGUCAGUGAAGACUCGGGAAAUCCUGAUCUCGCCAAAGGCACGAAAAACGCCCGCGCCUCCAGCAUCGACUACUACCCGACUUGGCCAGGAAUCUGGAUGUUUGGCAAUCUCGGACGCGCAAUCUUCACAGGGUCCACAGCCCGCAUUUGGCCAUUCUCGUACAAUGAGUGCAACGAGACGGUCUUCGAUUCGCAAAACGAGCGCAUUAGUGCAUGCGACGCCAACCCUGGUUCAGGCAUGAACCCGUACCAAGGUCGAGGCGCACCGGAGAUUGAUAUCCUCGAAGGUGGAGGCACUGAAAACGCGUGUACACUCGACAUCUGCCCCGCAUCUUUCGACGUGAAUCCAGAUCUUGGAUUCAUGGACAACAGAUCCGAGCACUGGGGCGUCAACUCCAACGGCACAUGCUUCCCAAGGAUGAAUGCGUACACUGGUGCCUACCUGUGCAAUGCAGGAAACACAGAGCCACAAUGUACCGAGUCCGGGGGCUCGACCAGCGCUGCGUCUUCCUUCACCUACCAAAUGGACGCGCUCUCAUCAAACUGGGGCACCCACUUGGCCGCAUACCUUGACUGGGUCACGUACUCAGUCGAGUGGGUCCCUGGAGACGACGGCUACGUGCGAUGGGAAGUUGAAGGCCACCCGAUCUACGAGAUCACGGCCGCUACGGUCACCAACCCGCCUCAAAACGCAGCGCAGACGAAUCCCAGGAAGAUCAUGAUCGAGAAGCCCAUGUAUUUUAUCUUCAACGUUGCACUGUCGAGCUCGUGGGGGUCAAAGCCUCCAAAUGCUGGAGUAUCCGGGUGCUACGGGGACGGAAAAGACAAGAAGACAAACGCAAUUUGUGAUGCCUUCCCCAUGAAGAUGAAGAUCGACUACAUUCGGGUGUACCAAGACACCUCUACGAUGGCCUAUGGCUGCGACCCGGCAUCACACCCGACCAAGCAGUGGAUCGAAGACCACAUGGAGCUCUACCAGGAUUUUGACAAUUUGGUGGUAGAAGUCCCAGGAAAAGUGUCAUGCAACUCCGACGAUGACUGCACGGUUGCGGUGAAUGGCUCCUCACCUGCGAGAACAGGGUCCUGCAUCAAAGGACGUUGUGAAUGCGCGUCACACACGUGGACUGGUCCACGCUGCACCGAAACCACAAGCGUCAAGAAAGACGAUGGGCAAUACGGUCCUCCGAUGGUGCUAUCUGCUGGAGUUGCAGUUGUGACUGUACUAGUCACGGUACUGACCAUUGUGUACUCGAAUGCCAAGGAUAAACGCGAUCGUGAGCGUAGACUAAGAAGUUACCCACUCAAGAUGGAGCAGCUCGUCAAGCAGGCCGCAUCUGUGACUUCAGAAGAUAACGAUGUGGGCCCUGCAAAGCACGCGUACAGCACUAACUUUGUUUAG